AUGGGUCCUUCUUUACAGACGUAUAAUUACAGUGCAGCUGGUGCUGGGUAUUCAGAUGAUGUAGAUAGUUGGUAUCCUCUUCCUGAGGAGGAGGAGGAUACAAAGGAGGAUGAUGAUGGUAUUAAGGAAGAAGAGAAUACAUUAUUAACAAUUCUUAUUAGUGCAUUAGCAUUAAGGACUCCUAUUAAUCAUCAAGCAAUAAAGGAAUCAGGAGAAAGAGGAGAAGAAGGACAUGAUGAUUUAUUUAAUGAUGAAGAAGAAGGAGGAGGAGAAGAAGAAGAAGAAGAAAUGGAUACAAAUCCUCUUGUAGAUAGCGAGACACAAAGAGAAUUACUUAAUGCUCUUGAUGAAUUAGAGAAAAUUCUUAGAGAAGAAGAAAAAUACAUGGGUAUUUAA